UUCGUUUACUUCAAAACAAUAAAUUUCCAAACGAGCACCGAAACGAAGGAAAUGCGGCUUUUAAACGGAGUUUUAGAAACGGGGAGAGUUUACAACCCUCGGCGCGCCCACCGUCCGUUACUAGUUGGUCGUAAUUCGAGCCAUUUCAGGUAUUAGCAGCGCUACAAAAAUUAUUUAUGCUACACACAUACAAGGCAAGAUAUCAUAUCCUAUAUUUUAACAAACCAAGCAGCCUUCAGAUUGGGCCGGAACCUAUCAAAAUGAUGCACUUUAUAACAUGGAAUUUGACCGAGCGUAGCGGUUGUUACAGUUUAAUAAGCUCCAUCGAUCUAUAACCUACCUCCCCCAAGGAGAAAGAAAUGGACGAAUAUUUCCAACGUUGAUGUCAUCGGGAUAGGUGCAAAUAGGUGCAGUCACUUCUGCUAAUGAAUGGUGCUCCAGCUGGAUCAAUACACGUUUGCCAUCCGUCAGGAAAAAAGUUGCACCUAAUUCAUUCACGUUACCAUAGAUUUAAGAAAAUCAACAUAAUCGUAUUGACUGAUAAUUGUCACAAGUUGAAAGUUGAGCGAGUUGAGCGAAUUUUUUUCAAAUCGAUAUUCGGUUUGGAAUAAUGUCCGAUAAUCAGAAUCCGGAUAGUCCGCGACCUUCGAUUAAUGACGAAUUAAAAAUGAUGGUCGGAAUAUCCAGGCAUUUGGCGAGCGGAACGAAAUCGAAAGCAAAAACCAGUUCGACGUUAUUGUCGAUGCAGGAAAGUCUGAAGGAAAAGCAGCUAAAAUUUAGAGAACUACGUGCCAGGAGAUUCCAAGAACUUCAACUGCCACAGAGGCACGUUUGCGACAUGGUUUCGAUAUACAUGGGCGUCGAUCCAUCGGAAAUAAUGGAGGGCGUAAUCGAUGACGAAGAUCAAAUUCAUUUGCUCAAUCGUUUGUUUGGUAAAGCUGGUACUAAAAGCGUCCUGGUGGUUUAUCAAAUCGGUCCGGCCUUUCCUUUAGAGUGCGGCAGGCAUAACUGGUUCACCAAAGCGGAAGUUAAACGUGUUUACGUCACCAAAGGGUUGAACUUGGGGCUCGAGGAAAGAGGUGUCGCGGUUUACAAAAUAAACGAAAUUGGGAUUGAUCUUAAAAACAUAAACGACGAGUUAUUUUUCGUACAGCUCGAUACCCGAAAAGGUGGAGUGAACAUAGUGUAUAUUGUUCACGAAAUUUUGACCCAGUUGGUCGAUCCUCCUUUAAAAUUUACCAAGGAUUGGGGCGAUUUAACCAAAAGUGCAUUGGGACGUAACCAAAAGCUCAAUUUUGUUGGCGAUUUCAGUUCGUUCCUCGCUUUUCUCGAAAAGACCAAAGUGGAUUUGGAAAACAUUGUCCAUUUCGCCAUCGACAAUGAUAUUCUCCAGGAAAUAUCCGAGGAUAAUAUGUCCAAAGCAUUUUUUAACGUCGCACUGAUUCAAAAAGUUGAAUCCGUAGUCCGAUGCUGGCAGAAGCUCAUUGAAAGGUGUUUGGUACAAUAUAACCAAAUCCGCAAAGAAAACGAAUUCGUCGGACCAGACGUGGAAAUCGAAUACUGGCGGAGGCAGCUAGCUAGAUUCACCAGUGUGGUCGAGUUUCUAGAAACCGAAGAGUGUCAACAAUACAUCGCGUUCCUAAGAUUUUGUCGAAAAAUGGACGUCGUCAAGAUUUGGAAGAAGCAGCUGGAUUUGGUGUACAACACGAGAAACGAGUGCCUGGAUAAUCUGAAAUAUUUGUAUUCCAUGGAAAAAUACUGGCAGCCGUUGUAUAGGCUGGAGCCGCCUCAACUAAUGCAGCACGUACCUCCUCUAUUGCACGGUAUACGGCUUGCGUUCACCACUUCGAGAUAUUACAACAGCACUUCGAACAUAUCUGCCCUGUUUGUAAAGGUCUCCAAUCAAAUUAUAAAAAAAUGCAGGGACUAUUUGAAUUGCGACGGCACGAAGACUGUGUGGAAUCAACCGAAAUGCGAGGUUUUAGAUAAAAUAAAGGCCUGUCUUGACUUAUACCUGAAGUACUAUCAAUGCUUCAGGCGCACCAAAAAACAAAUCGAAGAGGCCGGCGAAAGACCGUUCGAGUGUUCGGAAAGUUUAAUUUUUGGCAAAUUCGAGACUUUCAAGAAGAGAUGUGAAGAAAUUGUGUAUGUAUUGACAACGACCACAAAAUAUUCGAUUUUGCAGCAAAGCACCAUAGAAGGAAUCGACAUUUACGCCAAACGAUUCGCGGAAUUUUACAAACACAUUUCAAGUCAGAAAUACGACGCUUUGAACCACAGGUUGCCCCACUUCACCACCGAUUUUAACGGGUUUAGACAGAACGUGGUGGACACUGAAUGGGAGCUCGAAGAAUUUGUCGGCACCACCUUGGAAAAGACCACCGAUGUUCACAACGUCCUGCGGCUCUUAAAGAGGUUUCAAAAACUAAAUUUGCAAUGCCUGCACCUGGACAGCAGAUAUUUGGAAGCGAUGAUGCUCUUUCAAAAAGAAAUAGAAAAUUUGCGUGACCGUUACAACGAAGAACGUCAGUCGCCUCAAAUUCCAUUCAACAUGCCGCCAGUCAGUGGCAGAAUAAAAUGGAUCAGGCAUUAUUACUCGCGAAUUUCAGAGCCCAUGGACAUUUUUAGAGAGAAAUCGAGGGUGAUGGCACAUCGGAAGGCUCAAAAGUGCAUACAGCUCUUCAACGCUAUGUCGAUGUGUUUUGUCCAUUACGAAAUGAUCUACCACGAGGCUUGGUUUAAAUACGCGGGACAGGUUCGAAAUUGUCUUAUUAUGCCAAUACUCGCCAAAGACGAGCGAACCAAGCAUUAUCAAGUUAACUUCCAUCCGUAUAUAACGGAGGUCAUUCGAGAAGCAGAGUACAUGUACAAACUGGACCUAGAAGUUCCCGAUUGCGGCCAAGUUUUGGUAUUCUGCCAGGAGAAGUUGAUGCGUUCUUAUGAACUGCUGAACGCGCUAGUUGAGAGAAACGACAGUAUACGUCAUAGCAUUCCGACGUUGUUUUUGCCGAUGAUGCGGGUCCAGCUUAUUAAGAUGGAAGACGCAUUCAUGCCGGGGUUUUCCACAAUUACCUGGACAUCCACAAAAAUACCGGAGUUCUGCGACGAGGUCUCCACAGUUCUCGAUUACGUGGAGAUGUUCUUGAAGGAAGUUAGAGAUAUGAAGGAGGCAAGAAUCGACGAAGUUCUCGAAACGUUAGCUAAUACUAGUCUAGUUUAUUUGCCUGGCGAGCCGAUUUCUCCUAACGCGUUCGUGGAACUCAAUAUUAAAUACAGUCAAGAAAUUGUCAAAGAAAUUCAACUGAAAUCUUCGACGGUAGAAAAUUCUGUCAAGGGGUUGAUCAACAAAUUUCUCGAUAUCAUAAAUAACCCCGAAUUGCAAGAAAACAAGUAUAAUUGGUUGGACAGCGAAAAAGCGGUUCGACCAAUUGCCAGCACCUCCAGGUUGCUCAUGUCUAGCGAUGCAGCGUUUAAGGAAAUCGACCGUAGCUUAUCGAUGGAUUUGUCCGGUGCGCACGCAGACUGCAUCGAAAUGUUUGCUUAUUUCAAUAUGAAAUUGGUCGAUGCUUUAAUUAAAGCGACAAAACUGUCCCUUGAGAAGGUCAAACACAAGGUUAUGAGCGUUGACGGCGAAACGCCCCUGAUGUCCACAUCAAUGGUUCUUCAGAUCCCCGUGGCGUGCAUUAAUCCCAACCUUGAGGAAAUCCAGCACUGUUUCUCCCUAGUCCUCCAAAAUAUACUAGACGUUCACAAGUAUAUAGAAUUGUGGGGUCAAAGAGACGCGAAACCUGCCCUUAAAGGAGAAGUUGUAAAACCGAAACUGAAGAACUACUAUAAACGCGUCAGCGAAAAUAAGGAAAUUGUUCGGGUCUAUAUGGGCCUGCAGGGAAUUUGGUAUCUCUUAAGUCCGGACAUUGAGAGCUUACUUAAUCAAUAUCUGGAGUGGAAGUACAUGUGGCUGGAUGACAGGGAUCAAAUUAUCGACGCAUUCUGCGCCAAGGAUCCAUUGAUUGUGGAAAUUUCGGAGAAAUUUCAGGAGUACGACGGUAGAGCCGAAUCAAUACGAAAACUUCCGGAAAAACACGAUGUCGGAUCGCUUAGGAUUCUAAUGGAUGAAAUGAAACUGGCGUUGUUGGUCGAAUCGGACUCUUGGAAGCACAUUAUGGGCAAAAACUUGAGCGAUAGGUACAAGAAAAAGCUCACUGUAAUGGUCGACUUUAUAAAGGCACAGGAAAAAAUUUUGAAUAAACCCUUGCGGGAUCUGGACGAUUGUCGGAAUGCGAUGGCUUGCCUGGCGACUAUAAGGGAAAACUUUAUCGAAAUGGACAUGGAUUUGAACUUAAUGGAGGAGGCGUACGGCAUUUUUGGCCGAUUCAAAAUCGACACGCCGAAAGAGGACGUUGAACGGGUCGAGUCGCUGAGGUUCAAUUUUCAAAACAUGAUCCAUCACUCCAAAACUGUACAAGAAAAUAUCAGCAGCGUUCAAGGUCCGUUAUUAGAAGAACUGACAGCCGGAGUAGAGCAGUUCCAGGUGGAUGUUGAAGUGUUUGAUAAGGAUUUCGAGGAGAAGGGACCAUUGAUACCGGGGUUGAGCGCUAGAGAAGCUAGUGACCGCGUCUUGGCUUUUCAAGACCGUUUUGACGAGCUCUGGCGCAAGUACGAGAUGUACAGUAGCGGAGAGCGGCUAUUCGGUUUACCGGUUAACGAUUAUCCGAUUUUGCACAAGCGCAAAAAGGAGUUUGUGUUACUAAACAAGUUGUACGGACUGUAUUUGGCUGUGAAUCACAGUAUCGACGGGUACUACGACAUACUGUGGAGCGAUUUGGAUAUAGAGGCUAUAUUUGGAGAGUUGCAGGAGUUUCAGAACAGAUGCCGAAAACUACCUAAAGCGAUGAAGGAAUGGCCUGCUUUCUUGGACCUGAAAAAAAAGAUCGAUGACUUUAGCGAGACCUGCCCUCUCUUGGAACUUAUGGCCAACAAGGCUAUGAAAGAGAGACACUGGAGAAGGAUCUCGGCAGUAACUGGUUACUUUUUCGAUGUCGACUCGCCAACAUUCACCCUCAGACAUGUAAUGGAGGCGCCAUUGUUGAAACACAAAGACGACGUCGAGGAUAUAUGCAUUAGUGCCGUAAAAGAGAAAGACAUCGAAGCGAAACUGAAACAAGUGAUCGCCGAUUGGGCAGUGGUCGAACUGUCCUUUUCCAAUUUCAAAAAUAGGGGCGAAUUACUGCUCAAGGGCACCGAAACCGGCGAGAUUAUAACGACCCUUGAAGAUAGUCUGAUGGUGAUGAACUCCCUGCUGAGCAACAGAUAUAACGCGCCGUUUAAACGUGACAUCCAGCUGUGGGUGCACAAGCUCGUUACGACUUCUGAGGUGCUGGAACGGUGGCUCAUCGUGCAGAAUUUAUGGGUGUACCUCGAGGCGGUGUUUGUGGGUGGUGAUAUCGCCAAGCAACUGCCGGCCGAAGCAAAAAGAUUUAACAAUAUAGAUAAGUCGUGGGUGAAGAUUAUGACGAGAGCUCAUGAAGUUCCCAACGCGGUGGAAUGUUGCACGGGCGAUGAGACGAUGGGACAGCUUUUGCCCCAUCUUUUGGAGCAGUUGGAAACUUGCCAAAAGAGUUUAACAGGAUAUUUGGAAUCCAAGAGGUUGUGCUUCCCGAGAUUCUUUUUCAUAUCUGAUCCGGUUUUGUUGGAAAUUCUCGGCCAAAGCUCCGACCCGACGUCAAUCCAAUCGCAUUUACCCAGUCUUUUCGACGCCGUCUUUACCGUCGAUUUUGACGACAACAAAGACAACAUAAUAGUGGCGAUGAACUCGAGUCUCGGCGAAAAGGUGCUGUUUGAAAACGCGGUGUUUUGUCAGGGUGGAGUCGAGUUUUGGUUGAACAACCUCCUGGCGAUGGUCAGGGAAACGGUAAAGAACGUAAUCGCCGCGCAAGCGCAGUGCUUAGUCGAUCCGGAGUACGAUUUUAUAUCCGGAUUUACUCACUUCUGUGGUCAGGCCGGAUUGGUCGGUAUCCAAUUGCUGUGGACCAAGGAGGCGGAAUUUGCUAUACGCCGAGCGAGAGUUGACAGGCUCAUCAUGAAACUGACCAAUCAAAGAUUCUUGGAUCUACUGAACCAGCUUAUCGAUCUGACGUCAAAGGACCUAACCAAAAUGCAACGGACUCAGUACGAAACCAUGGUCACCAUACACGUGCAUCAACGGGACAUAUUCGACACGAUGUGCAAAUCAAAAGUGAGAUCUUUGCUAGAUUUCGAUUGGCAACAGCAGUGCAGAUUUUACUAUAACGACGAAAACGACGACGUGCUGGUAAAGAUCACGGACGUGAUAUUUUUAUAUCAGAACGAGUAUCUGGGUAUUACCGAGAGGUUGGCGAUCACACCGCUGACGGAUAGGUGUUACAUAACGUUGGCGCAGGCCAUCUGGAUUAACAUGGGCGGGGCCCCGGCCGGUCCCGCCGGCACUGGCAAGACGGAGACGACCAAGGACAUGGGUCGCGCCUUGGGCAAAUUCGUGGUAGUGUUCAAUUGUUCAGACCAAAUGGAUUUUCGAGGACUGGGAAGAAUUUUCAAGGGCUUAGCUCAGUCUGGUACGUGGGGUUGUUUUGAUGAAUUUAACCGUAUCGAACUGCCUGUACUGUCGGUAGCGGCACAACAAAUCUACAUAGUUUUGCAAGCGAGAAAAGAGCGGAAGCCAACUUUUAUUUUUAUGGAUGGAGACAACGUUUCGAUGAACAUCGAAUUCGGCAUCUUCCUGACAAUGAAUCCCGGUUACGCGGGACGUCAGGAGUUGCCUGAAAAUCUCAAGAUCAUGUUCCGCAGCGUGGCCAUGAUGGUACCCGACCGUCAGAUCAUCAUCAGGGUAAAAAUGGCAUCGUGCGGGUUCAAGGAAAAUCUCAUAUUGUCCAGGAAAUUUUACACUUUGUAUCAGCUUUGCGAGGAACAGCUUUCGAAGCAGGUGCAUUAUGAUUUUGGUUUACGCAAUAUUCUUUCCGUUUUGCGAACGUUGGGAGCACAAAAACGAGCCCAUCCCGCCGAUACGGAGGAAACUAUAGUCAUGAGAGUGUUGAGGGACAUGAACCUAAGUAAGCUAAUAGACGAGGACGAACCGCUUUUUCUCUCCCUUAUCGAAGAUAUGUUCCCGGGGAUAAAAUUGUCCACUCAUGCCUGGAAGGAGCUGCAAAAAGCCAUUACCAACGUAUGUCAACAAUCGGGUUUGAUCAAUCACCCCUCGUGGAAUUUAAAAGUCAUUCAACUUUACGAAACUUCUUUGGUGCGUCACGGGCUCAUGGUGCUGGGACCCACCGGAGCUGGAAAAACGAAAUGCAUGCAUACCUUAAUGAAAGCCAUGACGGAGAUGGGUCUCCCACAUAGAGAACUAAGAAUGAAUCCAAAGGCAAUCACAGCCCCGCAAAUGUUUGGUAGGCUCGACGUGGCCACCAACGACUGGACUGAUGGCAUAUUUUCUACUUUGUGGAGGCGAACGUUGAAAUUUAAGAAGACCGACUACUGCUGGUUGGUACUGGACGGACCGGUGGAUGCAGUUUGGAUUGAAAACCUCAAUUCGGUAUUGGACGAUAAUAAAACGUUGACGCUCGCAAACGGCGAUCGUAUCGUAAUGGCCGCCAACUGCAAAUUGGUUUUCGAACCCGACAAUGUUGACAACGCUAGCCCUGCUACGAUUUCGAGAAUGGGCAUGGUGUUUAUGAGUUCGUCGGUGCUUCCUUGGUCGCCAAUUUUAGAUGCGUGGCUGAAAACUAGGGCCAACCAUGAAGCCGAUACUUUGCGUUCCCUUUUCGGAAAGAUUUUCGAAGACUUACACACCUUCGUCCAGACAAAACUGAAACCCAAAAUGGUUAUCAAAGAGGCUCUUUACAUCAGGCAGUGUUACGACGUACUUCAAGGAAUCUUAGAUGUAUCUGACGAACCGAGAGUAUGGACCGAUAAACAGUUGGAGAGGUUGUUCCUUUUUUCGCUUAUGUGGUCGCUCGGUGCGCUGCUAGAGCUCGACGACAGAUCGCUGCUCGAGGCGUUUGUUCUCUCGCAUCCCUCCAAGUUUGAUUGGCCGAAAUGUAAAGAGAACGAAACUAUUUUCGAGUACGCGGUCAGUUCGGACACUGGCAGGUGGGACCAUUGGAGGCAGAGAGUGGAGGAUUUUGUCUACCCAAAGGAUUCAGUUUUGGAAUUUACCAAUAUAUUGGUGCCCAACGUGGACAACGUGCGGAGUGCUUUUCUUAUCCACAACACCGCCAAACAGAACAAAGCUGUUUUAUUAAUUGGUGAACCCGGUACCGCUAAAACCGUUAUGAUCAAAGCUUACCUCUCCACUUUUGACUUAGAUUACAAACUGAGCAAGUGUUUUAAUUUUUCUUCAGCCACCACGCCUAACAUGGUCCAGCGAAUCAUCGAAUCUUAUGUAGACAAAAGGGUUGGUACUACGUACGGACCUCCGGCUGGCAAAACGCUUACCGUUUUCAUAGACGAUAUUAACAUGCCGGUAAUCAAUGACUGGGGCGAUCAGAUCACCAACGAGAUCGUACGGCAAUUGAUGGAAAACGGUGGAUUUUACAGCCUGGAUAGACCAGGCGAUUUCUCCUUUAUUGCCGACGUCAUGUUGUUGUCGGCAAUGAUUCAUCCGGGCGGUGGUCGAAACGACAUUCCCCACCGAUUGAAGAGACAAUUUUGUAUCUUUAAUUGCACUCUGCCGAGCACCAGUUCAAUGGAUUUGAUAUUCAGUGAAAUCGGUUGCGGCUAUUUUUGUAUCGAAAGAUUUAACGAAGAAAUUGUCGAAUUUUUGCCCAAAAUGGUACCGCUAACCCGCCACCUGUGGCAGAAGACCAAGCAAAAGAUGCUACCCACUCCCGCCAAGUUCCAUUACGUUUUCAAUUUGAGAGACUUGUCCCGUAUAUGGCAAGGAAUUCUCACUGCGCAACGUGACGAAUGUUCCACCAAGGAGUCUCUGUUGAAACUAUGGCGGCACGAGUGUGAACGAGUAAUAUCAGACAGAUUCACAGUUGUAAGUGAUAAAGAGUGGUUUAUCAAUGCGUUGAGACAGCAGGCUCUUGAGGAACUUGGCGAAGACUUGGAGCACUACACGGAAGAACCGUCAUACUGGGUGGAUUUCUUGAGAGAUCCUCCUGAAGCCACCGGCGACGAGCCUGAGGAUUUCUGCUUCGAUGCCCCUAAAAUUUACGAAGAGAUUCCGUCGUGGAGUUUUUUAAGAGAAAAGUUGUACGCGUUCAUGAUGGAAUACAACGAGGCUGUAAGAGGCGCUGCAAUGGAUUUGGUGUUCUUUUACGACGCUAUGGUGAACCUUGUGAUAAUCUCGCGCAUAGUUAGAAUGCCGAAGGGCAACGCGUUGCUAGUAGGAGUGGGAGGUUCAGGCAAGCAAAGCUUGACCCGUUUGGCGUCGUUCAUAGCUAAUUAUAAGAGCUUCCAAAUACAACUUACGCGAACGUACAACGUAAACAAUCUAAUGGAGGACAUGAAGUACCUGUACAGGGUGGCAGGUUUGGAAGGAAACGGCAUGACAUUUAUAUUCACCGACAAUGAAAUAAAAGAUGAGACGUUCCUUGAGGCCAUAAACAAUAUCCUCAGCUCGGGCGAGAUUGCCAACUUAUUUCCCAAGGACGAAUUGGACGAUAUUACGUCCGAGUUGGUACCUGUUAUGAAGAAGGCGGCUCCCAGAAGACCCCCGACCGGUGAUAACUUGUACGACUUUUUCCUUACACGAGCUAAGCAAAAUUUGCACGUGGUGCUUUGUUUUUCGCCGGUGGGCGAAAAGUUUAGAAGCCGAGCUUUGAAGUUCCCCGGUCUCAUAUCAGGCUGCACCGUAAACUGGUUUCAGAGAUGGCCUGAAGAUGCCUUACAAGAGGUGUCCGACCAUUUCCUUAGCUCCUACCAAGUGGUGGCAACUCCUGAAAUUAAAACGGAACUUAUUUUAAUAAUGGCUGAAAUUCAUGAUGGGGUAUCUGAAGUUUGCGAUACCUACUUUGAAAGAUUCCGUCGUAAAACGUACGUGACUCCCAAAACUUUCAUAACCUUCCUGGACACUUACAAAUCGAUUUACAAGAAAAAGGCGGACGACAUCGAAGUCCUCGCCCACCGAAUGAAAACCGGAUUAUCGAAACUGGUCGAGGCUCAAGUCAGCGUCGAUUUACUCAAGAAAGACUUGGAGGUUAAAGAGAUGGAAAUGGUUGUAGCUACCGAGGCCGCGGAGAGGGUCUUGAACGAGGUGCUGGCGGCUUCGGAAAUAGCCAAUAAAAUCAAAGAGGAAGCGACGGCUGUCAAAGAAAGAGCCGAACACUUGGUAGCUCUCAUAAGCGUGGAUCAGCAGGAAGCUGAAGAAAAACUGCUGGCUGCGAAACCCGCUCUGGAUGCAGCCGAAGCAGCGUUACUGACCAUUAAAGCUGCGGACAUAGCAACGGUGCGGAAACUGGGCAAGCCUCCUUACCUAAUCUUGUUGAUAAUGGACGCCGUAUUGAUUUAUUUUAAACGGAAGCUGGAACCGACCAAGCCAGACUACGAGAAGAGUUUCCUGGUUCCGUCUUGGAGCGAAUCAUUGAAGGUGAUGGCCGACUCAGCGUUCCUUAAGAAACUGCAAGAGUACCCGAAAGACACCAUCAACGCCGAGAUGGUGGACUUACUCCUUCCGUACUUGACUCAUCCUCAGUAUACUUUCGAAGCUGCCAAGACCGCCUGCGGCAACGUGGCGGGAUUGAUCUCGUGGACGAUAGCAAUGGCGGCGUUUUACGAGGUCAACCGCGAAGUAUUGCCUCUGAAGGCCAAUUUGGCGAUCCAACAGGCGAAAUUGUCAAGAGCCCAAGAAGAGUUGGAUGCGGCGAUGCAGCUUUUAGCCAGCAAGGAGGAAGAAGUGAGGUUGUGCCAGGAGCAGUAUGAGCAAGCAAUGGCGGAAAAACAGGAAAUAUUUGCUGCUGCCAUGAAGGUGAAGAACAAAAUGGACGCUGCCACCGCUCUGAUUGACGGUUUGGCCGGGGAGAGGGUACGUUGGACCGACCAACUGGCCCAAUUUAAAGCUGAGACGGAAAGACUGGUGGGCGAUGUCGUGCUGCUAACCGGUUUUUUGGGAUAUACUGGUCCCUUUAACCAGGAGUUUAGGACAAAUAUGCAGCAGACGUGGUUAAACAGCUUGACAAGAAGAAAAAUUCCAGUCACGUUGAGUUUGAAUAUUAUCGACAGUUUGACCGACAUUGCCACGAUAGGUGAGUGGAACCUUCAGGGUUUACCCACUGACGAACUGUCCAUCCAAAAUGGCAUAAUUGUUACAAUAGCAUCGAGGUAUCCGCUUUUAAUUGAUCCCCAGAACCAGGGCAAGGCGUGGGUCAAAAAUAAGGAAAAGGAGAACAGAUUAAUAGUUACUUCUUUGAAUCACAAAUAUUUUCGUAAUCACAUAGAAGACGCCGUGUCGCUGGGAUAUCCUCUGAUUAUUGAAGACAUUGGAGAAGAAUUAGAUCCGGUUCUGGAUAACGUACUGGAAAAGAAUCAUAUCAAAAUCGGAACCACCUUCAAGGUAAAAGUGGGAGACAAGGAAGUCGAUUUCCACAAAGACUUUAGGAUGUACAUCACGACGAAACUAGCAAAUCCGAACUACACCCCGGAGGUAUUUGCUAGAAGUUCGGUGAUUGACUUUACUGUGACGAUGAAGGGUCUUGAGGAUCAAUUGCUGGGUCGGGUGAUUUUGACAGAAAAGAAGGAAUUAGAAACAGAGCGGACCAAUUUGAUCAAAGACGUUACCGCCAACAGAAGGAAAAUGCUGGAACUAGAGCAGAAUUUGUUGUACAAGCUAACUACCACAACAGGUUCGUUAUUGGACGACGACACGGUGAUCGAGGUACUGAAUGUGACGAAGAACACCGCAGCAGAAGUUAGAGAGAAGCUUCAGGUUGCAAAAGAGACCGAAGCGAAGAUUAAUGUCGCCAGAGAGGAGUUUAGACCUAUAGCUACAAGAGGAAGUAUUCUGUACUUCUUGAUCGUGAGCAUGUCGAUGGUGAAUUGCAUGUAUCAAACGUCUCUUGUACAGUUUUUGGAACGGUUUGACAUAUCGAUGGCUAGAAGUGAAAAAUCCCCUAUCGUCUCGAGACGAAUGCAAUCCAUAAUCGAUUAUCUCACAUACGAAAUAUUUAAAUACAAAUCGAGAGGCCUGUACGAGAGACACAAGUACAUGUUGGUGCUCCUGAUGUGUCUGAACAUAGAUUUGGAACGGGAGCAUAUAACUCACGAGGAAUUUCAAAAUUUUAUAAAAGGCGGGGCAGCGCUCGAUUUGAAUACUUGCCCGCCCAAAGCAGCCAAGUGGAUAACAGACCUGACUUGGUUGAAUCUCGUGGAGCUGAGCAAAUUAAGACACUUCCAGUACAUAAUUCAACAAGUUUCCAAUAAUGACAAACAAUGGAAGGUAUGGUUUGACAAAGACUCGCCCGAAGAGUCUGUCAUCCCAGACGGGUAUAAUCAUCUGGAUACUUUUCGUAAACUGCUAAUUAUCCGUGCUUGGUGUCCCGAUCGCACCAUAACGCAGAGCAGGAAGUACAUCGCAAAUUCUUUGGGGCAGAAGUUUUCCGAACCCGUCAUCCUUAAUUUCGAAGUUAUGCACAGCGAAUCGAGGCCGCUUACACCACUCAUUUGUUUUCUCAGCAUGGGCUCUGAUCCCACUCCUUUUAUCGAGACUCUGGCAAAACGGCUCGAAUUGAAGAGUAAAUCAAUAUCGAUGGGUCAAGGACAAGAAGUGCACGCCCGGAAGUUAUUGGCCCAGGCCAUGUCCGAGGGAUUUUGGGCCCUGCUGCAAAACUGUCACCUGUCGUUGGAUUAUAUGAAUGAAGUCUUAUCAGUUUUCCUUGACCUGGAAAAGGGUGUCGGUGUGGUGCAUCCAGAUUUUCGACUUUGGAUCACGACCGAGGUGCACGAGAAGUUCCCCAUAAGUUUGCUCCAGAUAUGCAUUAAGUUCACCAACGAAGCCCCAUCGGGAAUUAGAGCGGGGCUCUUAAGAACUUACACGUCCAUGAACCAGGACAUGUUGGAUUACUCGGACGCGUGGCAAUAUAUACCGUUGAUAUAUGCCAUUUCCUUUUUACAUACAGUCGUUCAGGAACGAAGAAAAUUCGGUCCGUUAGGUUGGAAUAUCCCUUAUGAAUUUAACUCUGCCGAUUGGCUCUCAAGCUGUCUGUUCCUGCAGAACCAUCUAGAUGAAUUAGAUCCCAAACGUGGUAUCAGUUGGCAAACAUUAAGAUAUAUGUUAGGCGAAGUCCACUACGGAGGUAGAGUAACAGACGAUUUCGACAAAAGGCUACUCAACACCUUUUGCAAGGUGUGGUUCAACGACAACAUUUUCCACGAUGACUUCACCUUUUACAAAAGUUACAAGGUGGUGCGGUUUAAAAAUUUGUCCGAGUACAUUUCCAUUAUCGACGGAUACGCGCCUACCGAUCCGCCGCAAGCCUACGGUCUCCACCCCAACGCUGAUAUCACGUAUCAAACUAACACGACAAUAGAAAUGUUUGAUAGAAUGUUGGCGAUCCAACCCAAGGAAUCAACAGUGGGGGCAGGCGAAUCUAGAGAAGUGGUGGUUACCAGACAAGCCAAGGAUAUGUUGUCCAAGUUGCCGAACAAUUACGAUCCUUUCGAAGUGAAAGAAAGAUUGCGAAUUAUGAACCAUCUGAACCCGCUAAACAUUUUUUUGAGGCAAGAGAUUGAUAGAAUGCAAAAGGUCAUCAGUUUAGUUAGGGCCACGCUGACCGAUCUUUUGCUUGCCAUAGAGGGGACAAUUAUAAUGAGCGAGAGCCUUGGCGAUGCUUUCGAUAGUAUUUACGACGCAAAGUUGCCUUUCGUGUGGAGACGGGGGUCGUGGGAGGCCAAUACCUUAGGGUUUUGGUUUACCGAACUGAUUGAAAGAGACGAACAGUUUAGGGGUUGGUGCUUCGGAGGGCGGCCAGCCUGCUUUUGGAUGGCAGGCUUCUUCAACCCUCAAGGAUUUUUAACGGCAAUGAAGCAGGAGGUGGCCAGGAGUCACAAAGGGUGGGCUUUGGAUCAGGUGUCUCUAUUCAAUGAGGUUACCAAGAACACCAAAGAAGAGAUAACCCAUGCUCCGGGAGAAGGAGUUAUGGUGUAUGGGCUUUUCUUAGAUGGAGCUGGAUGGGAUAGGAGACACAUCAGAUUGACAGAAUCCGUAAACAAGGUGCUGUACACCAUGGUACCCGUUAUUCAUGUGUUCGCCAUUAACUCGACCGAUCCCAAGCCACCCACUUUGUAUAUAUGUCCUGUUUAUAAGAAAUCCCGUCGCACCGAUUUAAAUUUCAUUACUACGCUGUGGCUUCAAACUGUGAAGCCACCGGACCACUGGGUGUUGAGAGGAGUUGCCCUUUUGUGCGACACUCAAUAGAUGUUC